AUGAAUAAUGUACCUCGAUUUGGCCCUUUUGGAACAAUAAAUGGUCCACCAACGCCUAUAACUAUCCAGAAUGCCGUAACUGUGAACACUAAGAUGAAUACACCCAUAUUUGUGAAAACUGAAAUGAACAGAAUUAACGACAUUUCUCCAUCAAACACUAACCAUUGAAGUUCUGUGAUAUUUUUGGUGUUUGGCGACGGAGAGGAAGGCGCGGCUGGAAAAUCUCGUGAUAAUGAGAGGAAGGAAGCUCAAUCAUAA